AAAAUAAUAAGCUUUGGUAAAACCCUAAACUUUCGUUUCCAAGAUGCAAUUUCUAGCUUCUCUCGUUUCCAAUUCCAGAAAGUUUGGUCGGAGAUGGGAUCGAGCUCUCUCGUUGCAUCAUUUCUCUUCGAAUGCGACACCAGCUUCGAUAUCAAAUCCAGCGUUCGUCGAGUUUCUCAGGGACAAUGGGUUCCAGAAACCUCUAGCAAUUGCCAUCGCAAUGCGUUACCCUAACCUCAAAUCCCUAGAACAACCUCGGUCAGUGAUUCAAAUGCUUAAAAGUUACAGUUUUUCCGAUACCCAGAUCCAGAAAUCGAUCCGGGUCCAUCCUCGAAUGAUGUUCUACAACGUGGAGAAAAUUCUAGAACCCAAACUUCGAUUCUUUAAAGAUAUUGGAUUUACUGGCUCUGGUCUUGGUAAGUUCGUCUCUCAAAACUCAUCAGUCGUUGGUGUAAGUCUAGUGAAGAAAUUGAUUCCUACCGUUGAGAUUCUGAAAUCGAUUGUUGCCCCAAAACAUGAAGACCUUCCUGUCAUUCUUAGUAGAUGUGGUUGGCUUCUUCUCAGUAGAGACCCUAACUUGUUUCUCUUACCAAACAUCUCAUACCUUGAAACCUGUGGAAUUGUUGGGUCUCAGCUUGCUUCUUUACUUAGAAGACAGCCAAGAAUCUUCAAUCUCUCUGAGGAAAAACUCAGAGGAUAUGUCUCUCGUGCUUUGGAUCUUGGUUUUACUUUGAACUCGAGGAUGCUUGUGCACGCUGUUAUCUCGUUAAGUUCUUUGAGCGAGAAAACGUUUGAUCGAAAGGUUAAGUUGUUUAUGGCUAAUGGAUUCUCUGAAGAUGAGAUAACAGAUAUUAUACGAAGAUCUCCAGGUUUGAUCCGGUGCUCAGAAGAUAAGCUUACACUGGGGUUUGAGUUUUACUUGAAGAGAAUGGGGUUAGAGAGGGAAGCUUUGGCGAAACGUCCUUGUGUGUUGUCGUAUAAUCUUGAGAAGAGGGUGAUUCCUAGGCUUAAAGUUUUGCAGAUCUUGAGGGAAAAAGGGUUGUUGUUAAAAGAGGAGAAGAAGAAGAAGAACAUGGUUGGCAUUGUUGAGAUGACUGAGGAAGCUUUUCUAGAGAAAUAUGUUGUGAGAUUUGGAGAUGAGAUUGCUGAGGAACUGCUGGUUGCUUACAAGUGCGUGUGUUUAGUCGAUGAAACGCUACUUGAUCGUAUCAAGAUCUAAUUGUAGAUUUCACAAGUCCAAACUUGAAAUUUUGUCAUUGUAUCCAAACUUCGCUCAUCCGUAACUGUGUUGAACAUUAUAAUUUGGAAGUAACUCUUAAAUCACCCUUUAUUACGAGCUUGAAGCUUCUCAUAUAAUAA